CGUUUUAGAAUUAAUACAACAACUGAACUCUCUUUCCCUAGUCUCGUCUCUGAAUAUUAGAAGAUUUGAAGAAGUAAACCAGGAAUUCAAAGAAGCAAGACGAAUUUGAGAAAACCCAGAUUCAAGAAUCCAAAGAAACCUUCCAAGAAGAUGACUCAGAAAAGAACAAUAUGGUCUGAUGAACUCAGGCUCAUCAGUUCCCCUUCCCAAGCACUGACCGAGUUUCUGUUUCUCGAAGACAAAGAAUCGCGAAUUGGCAGUUUUUCUCCCAAAACCUUUAACAACUCACAGCUCUCCGCAUGGACGCGCGAUUCAUCGGGUAUCUGCCCACCGUGGAGCAUUGCUUCAUCCAUAGCCCUUUUCCCCGAUUCACCAUCGCCAAUAUGCAGCUCGAGUUCUCUUUCCCCAGACCUCUUCUACUCUCAGGUCUCGACGGAGUUCUCCACUCCAAUAAACCAGAGUUUCUACACCUUCUCCAUUGAUGAUAAUAAAUCGGCUUCCGGUAUCGAGAUAGACGAAGAGAUGGAGCAUGCGAAUACUUUCUGCUCUUGUAAUCACAACUUGCAGAGCGAUUAUUCUGAAGAUGGGGAAGAUGCUAAACCAGAUAACAGUCCCAAGAGCAUCAGCCCCUCUAGUGGAUAUGUCGAUGCAAGCAUGGAUCCUGCACUUCUCAACAUGAAACUGCUGAUCAUUAAUGAAAAACAAACCGAAGAAAUGAGCUACACAGAGUCAUGCAGACGCAGACCCGGGGACUCUGAUACCAAAACCCCGAUUGGUGGACACUAUAGCUUGAUCAUCCGGCCGAAACCUCACCAUACCUUCUCAGAUGAAAUGCAGAAGAAGGAAUUUGAGGUUAACGCAUGGAAAGAAGCGAAACAGCAGAAGCUCAUGGAAAGGCUAAGAAGAAAAGAGGCUGCCAUCAAUUCAUGGGAGUUGAAGCAGACCGCCAAGGCGAUGAACAAGGUGCAGAAACUCGAGAACAAGCUGCAAAAGGAAAGGGAAAAAGCACUGGAGCAGAUGCAGAAGAAAGUUACAAUUACCCGAGGGAAAGCUGAGAAAACUAAGGCAAGGGAGAGGCGUUUGAUGGCCAAAAAAGUAUCAAAAGUCUCUAAAUUUGCAGACAGGAUCCGAAGAAUAUGGCUUAAGCUAUUCAGCAUCUGAUAGCCUGUUUGUAUACCAAUUACCAAAAUAUAACUACACAAAGCAAUGCAAUUAAAGCAAAACAAAUACCCAAUGAAUGCAUUUCCACUGCCAUCUCCUCAGUCACCAUGGUUUGAAUACCCAACAUCUUCAUUUACCGAAUCAAAUUUGUUCCCAGAGGAGCUGACACUCUUUGGCACGAAAUUCCUACUAGUUAUUGCUUUAGUUAGCAAUGUAAAGCGAAGCUGGGUCCUUUGGAUUCGAAGAACGCUUGACAAAUGUUUGAAAAGAAAAAAGCAAAACUAGUUUUAGUUUGGGAAAAUCAUUUUUAGAUUUGCUUUUCCUUUCAUU